ACAAAUAAUGUUUGCAGCCGCCGUUAAAAAAUAAAGAAGAAAAAGACUUAGAUUUAGCACCGGUUCUUUGUUAUCCGGGACCAGGUUCCAGGUUCCAGGCUAGCACUAACUUCAAACUGGGCUAAACCAGGGCCAUGUUAAGAACCGAUGACGUAACCCUGACGUCAUCAGUGGGCGGGGAUUACAGACUAAUAUAGGAAGCGCGAACGCCAUGAACCGCCAUUUUAUAAACUACAACUACCGCGUUUUAACUUUAGUGUUUAGAGAAAGAAUUAUGGAAGCCAAAAACAAGCAGCAGUGGUCUGAGGAGGAGACCCAGUGCUUUCUGGCACUGUGGGCUUCAUCCGAAGUCCAAGACAAGUUGUUGGAAAAAAUACAAAGCGAGAUGGCAGCUGCCGGCUACGAGCGGAGCCUGGAGCAGCUUCUGACCAAACAGAAGAAGUUAAAGAAGGACUACAGGGACCACAGGAGACAGACAGGAAGCAGCGGCCGGACCAAAAACAUUCUGUACUUCGACCUGCUGGACUCCAUUUUAGGGGACAGGCCGGUGAAUCAGACUACCGGUGAACUGAGGUCAGCCACGGACAUACUGCUUUCCAUUGUGGACGACUCCAUUGUUACAGCAGCGGCAAACGAAACUGAGUUGUUUCCUAUGGACCAGGAGGCAGAUUCCAAGUUGCCGCAACCACUUGUCUGCAGCUUGCCAGCUCCAUCCUGCAGUACUUCUUCCACCUCUGAUCAAACCAGAACAGGAAAUAGAAAGAGGGAUUCUACCACUGAGUUGACAGAAUAUCUUAAGAGGUCAGAGGAGAGGUUUCUGGAGCAGACCAGGAGGGACCAGGACCUCACAGCAGCUUUGCUCCAAAAUAUGCAGAUGAUGGAUGAAAUGGAAAGCGCACUUGUUGGUCUGAUGGGGCGCAUGGUUUCUGUGAUGGAGGGUCUUUCACAGAAAUGAAGAUGUUAAGACUGGACUCACCGCUGUUUUUGCACAGCAACAGCUUCUCCAUUUUUCUUCCCUUUUUGUUAACAUUUUUGAAGCUUUUUUUUUUUUUUAAUUUUUGCCUAUUUGUCUUUUAGUACUUGUGUGAAUAAACCCAUUUGAAAUGC